UUGUACGGCCGCCCUGGGACCGGAAAGUCGAGCUUCAGUAUGUCUAUUGCCGGCUGUUUCGGUCUCAAUAUCUAUGUCGUCAGUCUUGCCGGCAUCGACGAUAUGCGGCUUAGUGCCUUAUUCGCCGACCUUCCCCAGCGCUGCGUCGUUCUGCUCGAGGACGUCGACGCAGUCGGCACGGCAGGAGCUCGAGAUGCCGAUAACGGUGAGUCUGAUUUGGGCUCAGACGCAUCACGGGGUUCUUCAAAGCCUCAUGGAACUCUUUCAUUGUCCGGACUACUUAACGUCCUUGACGGCGUGGCUUCGCAGGAUGGCCGUGUCCUUAUCAUGACAACAAACCACAUUGAGCACUUGGACGACGCUCUGAUACGACCUGGCCGCGUCGACAAGAAAAUCGAGUUUGGCCCCGCCGAUGCUGAGGUGAUUCGGAAGUUGUUUUGCACUGUUUUCGAAUACUCAGAAAAGGAGAUGCCCGAUGCAGAGACCCGAGAAAAAAACAAUGCAGGUGUGCGGCAGCUGGCAAUUCAAUUUUCCAGCGUCGUGCCGGAGUUGCAACUCAGCCCCGCUGACAUCCUGUCGUUUCUUCUUGCAAACAGGGGCUCACCAUCGAGCGUCUUGACCGCCGCGGAAGGAUGGCUGGUCAAAAUCAGAAAGACUGGAACACUGAGGCGGUGUGAUUCUUGGGGUCAAAGUGAUUGA